AUGGAUUACGAGCAGCUUGACGACUCCUCAACCGACGACAAAGACAUAAAACCCAUAAUCGCCCCAAAAUGCGAAAUGGGUUUGUCACCCAACUUAUCCAGCGGUCCCAAAAGGUGGUCACCGGGGUCCCUCCAAGACGCCAACCGCAAAAGUGCCUUCCUGCCGUACCGACAAAGUUUGUGUACAGUUUUGACCAAUUUACAGCGCGGGAACACUCAAGCGGAAACACCAGUGCCCCAAUCGGCCGAUAUUAAUUUUCAUACAAAAGCUGGACAGGGGGAAAUCACCGAACAUGACAUUGAUUGUGAAAAAUCAGUGGAUGUUUGCGACUGUCAUGGAUUAACAGCCUUACACUGGGCUGCGGCCUAUGGACAGUACAAUACAGUGCAGCUUUUACUAGCAAAUGGCGCCGAAAUUGAUAAAAUGGGGCCCGAAGAAGAGACAGCCUUGACGCUGGCGGCCUCGGGGGGCCACCACGACGUCAUCCGAUUGCUCAUAGACAAGGGGGCUGACGUCAAUCAUCCCGAUCAUCUCUGUAACACUCCUCUUAUGUAUGCGGCACGAGGGAAUCAUCCACAUAGCUGCCAAGAGUUGUUACUACAUGGGGCUGACUUUAGGUUACAUAAUUUGAAUGGGGAUACGGCUCAUGUGAUAGCAGUCGAAAACAAUAGCACGUUGGUUGUUUCAGCACAAGCAGUGAUUACGAAUUUUAUCAUUUCGCAACUGGAUCCAGGAUCGUAGAAGCAUAAUCCGUGUAUUUGUUAUUUAAAUAAACUGGUUUUUGAAACAA